ACUUUGGACGACUUGUGUGAGAGUGGUACUUUCAGCUUCCCCCAUCCUGAGAGGCCACUCAGCCAUGUGCUCGCUGGAGUGAUCUUUGUUCACAAUGUCUUUGCAAAGGCUCAAGCAGCAGAGCAGCAAUGUUAAUUUGGUGGACUAUAGCAUUGGUCCAGCGUAUAGAUCUUUCUCCACACUCCCAGGCAGCCUUACAGAGGAUGACAACAGGAGGAUUCAAAUGCUGGCAGACACGGUGGCUACACUGCCCCGGGGACGAAAACAGUUUGCUUUGACGAGAUCUGGUUCCUGGGGUGACUUUUCCUGGUCUCAAAGAAAGCUUGUUACUGUAGCAAAGCAAGAUAAUGAAACAUUUGGAUUUGAAAUUCAGCCUUACAGGCUCCAGAACCAGAAUGCCUGCUCCUCAGACAUGUGUACUCUGAUCUGCAGCGUGCAGGAGGACAGCCCGGCUCACUGUGCUGGCCUGCAAGCUGGUGAUGUCCUUGCAAAUAUCAAUGGCGUGAGCACAGAAGGCUUAACCUACAAACAAGUGGUUGACCUGAUCCGAUCUUCAGGAAAUCUACUCACGAUAGAGACUCUUAAUGGAACAAUGAUUCUCAGAAGAGCAGAGCUGGAAACGAAGCUGCAAAUUUUAAAGCAAACACUGAAGCAAAAAUGGGUGGAGUUCAGGUCUCUGCAGUUACAGGAACAGCGCCUGCUUCAUGGUGAUGCAACGAAUUGCACAAGUUUAGAAGACCUCGACCUGGAUGAAGUGUCUUUGUUUGGGAACCUGCCUGGGCCAGCCCCGUCCCUCAUGGAACGGAACCGACUAUCCAGUGAGAGCAGCUGCAAGAGUUGGCUGAGCUCCAUGACCAUAGACAGCGAGGACGGUUACCAGACCUGUGUGUCGGAGGACUCAGCCAGGGGUGCCUUUAGCAGGCAGACAAGCACAGAUGACGAGUGCUUCAUGCCCAAGGAUGGGGAUGAUUUUCCAAGGAGAUCUUCCUCGAGAAGGAACCGCAGCAUUAGUACAGCCAGCAGCGGAUCCAUGUCUCCACUGUGGGAGGGCAGCUUCUCCAGCGUGUUUGGGACCCUCCCCCGAAAGAGCAGGAGGGGAAGUGUCCGCAAGCAACUCCUGAAAUUCAUCCCUGGCCUUCAUCGUGCUGUGGAAGAGGAAGAGAGUCGUUUCUGAUGCGUCAUGAGUCUCUCGGCUUCUCCACACGAACUCCACCCUUCUGAUGGGAAAGCACAAUGGACUGAGAAACCCACAUCCUAUUUCAGAACAGCAGGGAUCUUUAUUUGAUUUUUUUGUAUCAUUGUUUUUGGUUCUUAAAUCAUGUUUCAACCCAAAUUGUUCAAGUAUUAAGCAGACAAUACAAAAAUUAAGUAAUGAGUUAGGUAUUAGAACAAAUUGGUCUAAAGUACACAUGCCUCACGUGCUAUUUUCAAAAGUAAGGAUCAUAUUUAUUUUUUAGAUCAUUGUAUGGAAUAUUGAGAACUUUGUGAAAAGAUAAUGUAUAUUAGCCAGACUAUUGCUCAUAGUUCAAUUUCAUAGGUUACAAAACUAUAUGCUUAUUUAAGCUCUGUAGCUACUGGAGGUCUCAAUAGUAGAGUUUUGAAUGUUUCUACUAAAUAUAUGAGAGUUCAUAAACAGAGGUGACUAUUAGCUUUUUCUCAUGCCCUAUGUGUCAAUAAGGAAGGAAAUCACAAUAUUCACUGUGAAGGAUUCACUUGAUGAGAAAUACAGAACAAUGUGGCUGAGAUACAGGCUACGGAAGGCGAGAAUGAAUCCUUUUCUUAUAGGGAGUCAGGCAAAAUGGAUGGGAAUCUCAUUCUGUUUGCCCAAUUUACUUUUUGUUCUUAUUCCACAUGGUUGACAUCUCCAGAGGACUCAGAGUUUUAAAUAUAUAUAUAUAUAUAUAUAUCUUUUCUUUUGUUGUCUCUCUUUGCUGCAAAUGCCCAGAAUCCACCGAGAAAAGCCAGUGACAGGCUCUUUCUAGACUGUCUCAUAACACUUCUUACAUUAUAUUGUGUAUUUCAGUGAUUACCUCAUUGCUCCCCUGACUGUUGCUUUUCUAAGUAUCACAUUUGUGUCUUUUCAAAAAUUGUAUAUUUUAUUCAGUGUCCAUUAAUGUUCAUAAUUUCUCUGUUGUGGUGAUAGAGUUUUACAGUAAACAAUCUGGGCUACAUGAUAAAUAGUCCUGACAGUUUUAAGCUUGCUGUGUGUGUGGCCAUGGCCACUGGUGAAAGUCAAGUACGGCAGGUGCCCACUCUCUUUCUUGCCCCAAACAACAGCGUUCAUGUAAUGAUAGCUGAUGUCAGAGUUUCAGAGCCUUCUACUCCCAGGACUGAGACUUUGAUUUUGUUUUAUCAGAGUGCAUGUAUGUCUUGUUUCAGGGAUAGUGAAACAGUCAUUUACCAAAACAAAACAAAAAAGUUACAGUUAGGGUGUGUGUGUGUGUGUGUGUGUGUGUGUGUGUGGGAGAAUCAGACAGUUGGCUUUGUCUGCAACCAUUACGCCUAAGAAGGCGUUUGGCUGCAAACGUAGAAGUUUGGAGAGCUUUCCAUGACCACCAGGCUGGUCAGUUGAAAGGCUAAAGUUGAAGCUGGUUCUAGAGCAAUCUGAAAUCUAUAUCGUCCCAAAUGUUCCUAAUUCUGUACAGUUAUCAUUCCAAUAACUCUCAUUUUCCUGAAAGGAAUAGCUAAAAGUCAUAAUUUUCGGUACUGCAAAAAGAAAGAUACUGUCAUUGGUAAACAUGAAGACAAUUAUUUUGGGUAACUCUGGCCUCCACAAACUAGUUUUCAACUGGAGGUACAUUAAUUUCUGCAAGGUUAGCAGUGUCUUUAUUUUUAACAACAGCCUACGAACCAGUCACGCAAUGUAGCAUUUCCUGUUAAAUCUAUUAAAGCAAGUUCGGGGGGAAACAACACAUCAUUAUUUUGGGGGAAAGAUGAUUUUAAAUUUCACAAUCUUCUACAUUGUGAAAGAAUGCUUGGGGAACUACCACAGAUUAUCUGGAAAAGCAGACCAUAGGACCUCUGCAUUUGUAUGGUUUUACCAUAGAAGUGCAACGCUUCUGCAUGACAGUAAAUGUCAAAUGCAGAUGGAGGGCAGGGAAGGGCCUGAGCCAGCUUCACAGCAGUCUGAUAAGAAUUAGAUUCAGAAUAAGAUGUAUGUUCUGGGGGAAAAUAAAAAAGAAAAGCCUUGGUUAACCAAGGUCCAGGAAAGAGUAGGUCAUGUGUUGUGUGCUUACGGGCUAUACAAAAGCAGCCUUUGUUUAGUGGAAACAUAGGCAAAUUUGUCAGAGCACAGCUUUUCAGUCUGAGUCCAGCCUUCAUGGGAUUACUGUCACCUAAAGUGUGAUGUAGUGACUCACAUUGAGUCAGUUUGCUGGGAGAAUAAUUGAAAAGUAAAUUUUUCCUCAAAUCCCCCAGUUGCCACAUAUGUAAUAUUGGUGAAUUUCAUACACUGACUUUUUAAUGAAAUUGUGGAGAAUGGCAUUUCAAAACCAAAACUGAGUCAAGUAAAUUUGGAAUCAAUCUAUUUUAUCACUGAAGAAGCAAUACCAUAACAACACAUUACAAAUAAGGUUUUUGAAGAGAAAUUUUGUUAAUCACUUUCUACUUUGCAAUAUUAUACACCUUAGUGGCAAGAUAUAAAUGGUGUUUAAAAUUGUGGUUUGAACUGAAGAGCUCAAACCUGGACACAGUUUGUGUGUAUCGAUCAUAAAUUCUAAGUGUAUAUGAAUCCAUUUAGUCUAUGUAUGGUAAAUAACAACUGUAUUGAAUCUUUCAAAUUAUAAAGUUAUUAUUUCUUUAGAUCUGUGAGCAUAUAGAAC